AUGGCGGCACUUGCGUCGCCUCUGACAACGAGAUGCCUCAUUCGGUUUAUUUUAAAAGAAACAAUUUCGGCAAAAACGAUUUGGUGUGCCGCUUCUAGAGUUACAAGGGGCUGCUCAACCACCACAAGACACACUGCUUCCUUAGGCACCUCUCCACGCAGUGGACUGCUUGACCACUAUGACAGCCUGGUCCGGUCCGGCACCCUGAAUCAGGACAUCCAGCAAAGAGCGGCUCUGUGUCAGUUAGAGCGUUUACAGACAGUCAUGACAGGAUAUACCAAUAUCCCCAUCACUUUGCCACAGUCAAAGGUGAGAGUCAAGGACCCAGACGCAAAGACGUCAGAAGACCUCGAACGGGGGGAGAGAGUUAAAACUGGGGGGCGGUUUAAGGGCGGUAAAUCGAAACAACAUAAGACUAAUCCUGAACUGAAGGACAAGGCCAGUGAUGCUGACACACAACAACAGACCCCGCCAAAGCCGCCACCCCCCCGUGGGUUCUACAUCCACGGUGAUGUUGGCACUGGGAAGACCAUGCUCAUGGACAUGUUUUACUCACAUGUGGCGAACAGCAGAAAAAAGAGGGUCCAUUUCAACGGCUUCAUGUUGGACGUACACCAACGGAUCCACAGACUGAAGCAGAGCUUGCCCAAACGAAGGAUAGGCAAAAUGACAAUAUAUGACCCCAUCUUGCCUGUUGCCAUGGAAAUUGGCGAGGAAACAUGCCUCUUAUGCUUUGAUGAGUUUCAGGUGACUGACAUAGCUGAUGCCCUCAUUCUGAAGCAGCUGUUUGAGGGCUUGUUUAAGUGUGGAGUGGUGGUGGUUGCCACUUCCAACCGGCCACCAGAAGAGCUCUACAAAAAUGGGCUUCAGAGAGAUGCUUUUGUGCCUUUCAUCGCUGUGCUCAAGGAGCACUGUCGCACUAUCAACCUGGACUCCAGAGUGGAUUACCGCAGGAGAGACCUGGAACCUGCCGGAAAACUCUAUUACCUCUCAAGUGAACCUGAUGCAGAGGCUGCAGUGAAUACGCUGUUUGAUGAACUGGCUUACAGACAAAAUGAUGUAACCAGGUCGAGAGUAUUGACUGUGCUGGGCAGGCAGGUGACACUGAGCAGAACCUGUGGAACCAUCGCCGACUGCACGUUUGAGGAACUGUGCAACAGACCUCUCGGAGCGAUCGACUAUUUGGAGAUCGCUCGUCAGUUUGACACUGUCUUUAUCCGGAAUGUUCCUCAGCUCACUCUCCGGUUGAAAAACCAAGCCAAACGCCUCAUCACAAUGAUAGACAACUUUUACGACAAAAAGGUGAGAGUGGUAAUGCUGGCGGACGCCCCGAUGGACCGUCUGUUUGAACGCGGCCCUCUGACCGGAGAGGAGGAGCGAGACCGCAUGAUGCUCGAUGACCUGGGCCUGACCAGUGAAGCAGAGGAGCGGCUGUCGUUAUUCACAGGAGAGGAGGAGAUCUUUGCGUCCCAGAGGACGGUGUCUCGUCUGGCUGAGAUGCAGACGGAGCAGUACUGGGUUCAAGGCGACAGGAGUCAGUCCAAAUCACCUCUUCAAAAGUAGCCCCCCCCCCCCUUCGCGCCCAUCCUACAUGACUCCAAAUCCACCCCCCCUCCCCAAUCUCAAGACACUAACAACCUCCCACAGCUGUGCAAUCGCCAACUUCCCCCAUAGACUGCUCUUCCUCAUCCCUUUCGCUGUUAAGCAACACAGCACAUACCAACCACACCGUUUCAAACUGUACUGCACAGAGGUGGAACAACUAUGCCCUGGAGUGACUGGAAGAUAUCUAGCACCCCCUAGUGGAUGACAUAAUUGUUUGUCAACAGAGGCAGCAUACAUGUACUUAAGUACUCUGGACAUCACUAUACGACCUAAGAGCUAAUGAUGUUAAGUAAUGAACUUUUAGGACUGCGUUGGCUGGAACAUUUAAUAUAUGUAAAU